AUGCAUCUGAGUCACAUUUACUCUUUCCUUGUGAGCUUUGCUAAUGGUGUCUUGUUUAAAGUUUCCUGCUCAUCAUCUGAAUUCAGCUUGGAUGGAGAUUACUUAUUGGGUGGCCUUUUUCCAGUACAUGAAGUUGAAAAUGAACAUGCAACAUCUCUGUUCUUCCCACAGUCCACUGAAUGUUUUAGGCACAUUUUCUCAAAGUCUGGCUAUAAGAUGUUUCAAGUAAUGAGGUUUGCUGUUGAGGAGAUUAAUAACUCCACCACCCUGCUGCCCAAUGUUACUCUGGGCUAUGACAUUUUUGACCAUUGUUCUGACACUAAAAACCUCCAUUCAGUCUUCAGUUUUAUUUCACAGAAUGGAUCAAUUAAACCUAAAGAAAAGCUCAACAGCCAUCAGCCUAAAGUUAUUGCUUUAACAGGACCUUAUGGAAGCACAAGAACUAUUUCUGUUGCACCAUUGGUCACAAUGGACCUCAUACCAAUGGUUAAUUAUGGAGCUACCAGCUAUACAUUAAGCGAUAAACUUCAGUAUCCAUCUUUUAUCAGAACAAUCCCUAGCAACAAAGAUUUGAUACAGAUGAUUAUUCACAUUAUACAGUGGUUUGGAUGGAACUGGGUUGCUUUUCUUGGAGGCUCAGACAAUUACAGUGAAGAAGGCCUACAACUGUUUAACAAGUACAUCAGAAGUACUGGCAUUUGUUUGGCCUAUCAAGAGACUCUCAGCCAAAAUGCAAACUACAGUCUAACUCUUAAAAAGAUUGAUAAGCUAAACAUCAAUGUCAUUGUGGUUUUCACUGUGCCACAAUAUGCAAAAAUCAUAAUUAAAGCAGCCAUAGCAAGCAACAUCCAAGACAAAGUCUGGAUAGCAAGUGAAUGGUGGUCUAUGAAUCAACAGCUUCUAAAAGAGCCAGGAAUCAAGAAAAUUGGAACAGUAAUUGGCAUUACGGAGAGAUUAUUUUCAUUGCCAAGAUUUAAUGAAUUUAUCUACAAAUCCAAAGGAACAACUAAGAUUUAUACUGAUAAUGACAAUGUUGAGACUAAACUCCAGACUAAGACAUGUAAUCAAAACUGUGACAACUGCACAUUACUCACCGCAGAAGAGAUUAUAAAUGAAGAAUCCACACUGUCCUUUCCCAUCUACGCCAGUAUAUAUACCAUAGCUCAUGCAUUACAUAAAGUUCUACAGUGUAACAUGAAUGAAUGCAAUGCAAAUACAACAGUUAAGCCAUACAUGCUUCUGGAAAAAAUUAAGAAGCUGAAUUUUUCUCUUAAUGGACGUCAGGUGAAAUAUGAUGCUAAUGGUGAUCCAGAUGUCAGCUAUGCAGUUGUGCUUUGGCACACUGAAACAAAUCCUCAGUGGAUUGAGUUUGUGGGCACUUAUGACACAUAUCCAGAAAUUAAUUUUACCAUCAACAAUGCUCUUAUGCCCUGGCAUAAAAAGGCUUCUGUUCCUUUCUCAAACUGCUCUGUUGAGUGUAAGCAGGGAUUUUCAAGAGAACAUAUGGGAUAUCAUGAUUGCUGCUUUCUGUGUAAAAAAUGCCUGCAAAACAGCUAUGUUAAUGAUUCUCGUGACCCUUAUACAUGUUUUCCAUGUGCAGAGAGUGAAUGGUCUGAUGAAGGCAGCACAACAUGUCAGAAGCGUUACGUUGUCUAUCUUCAGGUCACAGACAUCCCCUCCAUCGCAAUUAUAUUUUCUACUUUAUGUUUGUUUAUUCUUCUCAUUAUCAUGCUUGUUAUUUUUGCACACAAUUACAACACACCAGUGGUGAGGUCUGCUGGUGGCAGCAUGUGUUUCCUCAUGUUAGCAUGUUUGAUUUUAUCUUGCCUAAGUAUGUUGUUUUUCUUUGGAGAACCCACAUCUGUUAAGUGUCGCUCAAGAAAUGUCAUAUUUACAUAUUUCUACACUGUCUGUCUCUCUUGUUUGACUGUUCGUUCUUUUCAAAUAGUUUGUGUCUUUAAAAUGACCGAGUUCCCUAAUGUGCACAGGUUGUGGGUAAAGUACAAUGGCCAGUGGAUCUUUGUUUCUUCUUUUUCUGUUAUUUUUUUAAUUGCUUGUAUUUUUUGGAUAACUAUCUCUCCUACCAAAGCCUGCAUGGACUUUUCUUUUAAAGACCAGAUUUUGCUCACUUGUGAAAAAGCAAACGAUAUAUUCACUAGCAUUAUUGUGUUCAUGAGUUGGUUUCUUGGUUUUCUAUGUAUCUUGUUUUCUUACACAGGAAGAGAUCUGCCCCAAAGUUACAAUGAGGCUAAAUCAAUAACUUUUAGUAUCAUUUUGUUCUAUGUGAUUUGGAUUGUAUGUUUCACAGCUUACCUUGUUAUCAAAAGUAAAUAUGUUAUGCUUUUAAAUGCACUGGCACAGGUAAUGAGUGUUUAUGCAAUUCUCUUGAGCUAUUUCCUACCUAAGUCUUACAUCAUGAUAUUUAAACCAAAAAUGAACACUGCUGCAUACUUUCAAGCAUCUAUUCAAAAUUACACCCAAACCAUUAGCAGGAGUUAA